AUGCACAAGGCAGCGGUACUCGCACUUGGUGUGCUGGCGACCACUUGCCGUGCUUUCGAGGCCGUCAUUCUUGCCGACACGAAUCGAGACGGAAAGGUUGACAUAACCGGGGACUCGGAUGUUGCACAAAAGUACACUUGGACGGAGGAACGAGGAGCUAUUUUCAUGGCCAAUAUUGCCGAUACGAACCACCGAUGCUCCGCUAGGAAUAAUUCCAGCCGUCUUGACAAGUGCCACGACGCAUCCGAUAACAUCCUACGCAACCCCAAGUACCUGGCGCCUCUACGCACCGUCGCUAACCGUACCUUGAGCGACGCAGCUAAGGGCAAGAUCUUCGUCUCUGGCAAAGAUGCCGAAAAAAAUGUCCGCAUCUUCCACAAGAACGGUGAUGAUUGGAGCUAUGUCAACAAGAGCUAUGUCUUCAGGCCUGCUGAUCUGCGGGCCGGUCUAGAGCUGGGGAUUGACGCACGGGACGUUAGUCGACCCAAGGGGUGGGAUGGCAUGGCCAUGGUCAACUUCAAAUUGACUGACCUGGAAGAGUCUGCCAAUGAUACCGUCGCACUUCGAGUUGCGCCCAUUCUGAUACCUCAUGAUAAACGAAGGCUUGAAAAAAUGUCGGUUUCAACUCACAAAAGCCACCCAGGGUGGGAGUUGUUUGCCCAGCAUUUGGAGACGUAUCUAGUUGAUCAUAGGUUUGAGGAGCCUCUGACCAGGAUCGACAGUGAGCGUGGCUGGGCUCAUGACCACUUCAAAGCCGGAUAUACCAGUAUGCCGGGACCCGACGGGCCCGUUUCCCUGCGCGUCUAUGUCAAGGGCUGUCUAAGGGGACCUGAGGGCCAAAGAGUGUUUGCGGAUAUGAGAGGUGACUGGGCCGGCGCCGUUCGACAUUAUGAGGCAUCCGACUUGGAUUCCGACCAGCUGGGGAAUAUUGAAAUCAUACCUCCCCAUUCCCACAACGGCGCAAGCUACCCUGCGGGAAGAGCAGUCAUGGGAUUCGGCCACUUCGUGUCAAACCACAAGGCGCCGAGGAUACUGAAAUUCUUGCAGGCUCAGAAGCUACAGUACCCCUUCACCCUCGAUCACAGCUGGCUCUUUCAUGGCCAGAUUGCCGAUUACAUGCAGUUCGUGCCUGUCAACAGCUCCCGAGGAUGGACAAUGAUCGUGGCCGACCCCGUUGGCACGCUCAACUUGUUCAAGAAGGCCCAAGCGGACGGCCAUGGUGAGACUAUAGCGAUAUCUCAUCAUACCUUCCUAAGAACAGAGAAUGAGCUGGAUUGCGACUCACUGACCAUUGAUCAGCUUCUUCGGCUUCCUCUCAUCAUAAAAACUACCGAGUGGUCCGGAAAGAACAUUGCACACAGCAUCAACGUUAUCAAGAACGAAACUGGGAUUACUGAAGAUGAGAUCAUACGCGUUCCGACCCUUUUCUACGCCUAUGAUGGCAUCGCAACGCUGAGGCAGCUGUACUGUUAUGGAGAUAGAUAUGACAAACCUCCAAGGACAAUGCCCUUGAAGGCUCUACGCUGGUGGCCGCAUUACCUGUCAAACCUGGCAAAGAACCUCUUUGAGGUGCUACGGUCCAAGCCCUGGCCUUCCAAAGCUAUUUAUCCCACAGCCACCAACGGCAUUUACUUUGAAAACGGCCAAUACCUGAGCCCGUACCCCUUCGGACCCCUCAUCGGCGAGUCGGACAUUUUCAUCGAGGCUAUCCGCGAGGCUUUCGGCAAGGCCGGACUGAAUGUUACUUUCUUCGAGAACUGGUCUAUUCAUCACAUGCGUGAUGGUGGAAUUGAGCGUGCCGUCAAUGUGGAACGCGAUAUUUUUCAAAGGUGGUGGACGAUGGCUGGCGCUGAUGAAACGCCUUUACGUGAAGUCCCUCCGGGUAAUUAUACCCAGUAUCGGCGCGCCUGA